AAAAGCCGCAAAAUCACCGCCACCGACACACACAUCACAAAGCGUCUCACUUUCUCACCGCGAAAAACGAUUAACGGCGACAAAAAUCACGGCUCCCGCGUUUAUUAUCCAACUCUUCUAAUUAUUUCAAAAAAAAAAGGCCACCGGAACCGCAUCUCCAUAUAUACCUCCGCCUCCGCCUCCGCCUCCGCCUCUGUCUCUGUCUCUGCCUCUAAACCAUCAAUGGGGUCUCUCGACCUUCCCUCCCCAAGUGCUUAUCCUGAAUUAGACCAAAACACCCUCCUCAAUCUCUUCAAAUCCCAACAAAACCACCUCAAUUUCUUCUUCCAAAACCUUGACCUCUCCCAGACCCUUUCCUUCACCCAAACCCUCCUUAAUUCCCGGGGCACCAUCUUCUUCUCCGGUGUCGGAAAGUCUGGCUUCGUCGCCAAUAAGAUCUCCCAAACCCUUAUCUCCCUCGGCAUUCGCGCUGGCUUCCUUUCCCCUCUCGACGCCCUUCAUGGCGAUAUUGGUAUCCUCACCGCCCGUGACAUUCUCGUGCUCUUUAGUAAAUCUGGGAAUACUGAGGAGUUGUUGCGCCUUGUGCCUUGCGCUAAGGCUAAGGGCGCUUACCUUGUGUCUGUGACGUCCGUGGAAGGCAAUGCUCUUGCUUCCGUCUGUGAUAUGAAUGUACAUUUGCCGUUGGAGAGGGAAUUGUGUCCUUUUGAUUUGGCUCCCGUUACUUCCACUGCUAUACAGAUGGUUUUUGGCGAUACGGUGGCGAUUGCGCUUAUGGGAGCCAGGAAUUUGACUAAGGAUGAGUAUGCUGCUAAUCAUCCCGCUGGGAGGAUCGGAAAGAGCUUGAUUUUUAAGGUAAAAGAUGUUAUGAAGAAGCAAGAUGAGCUUCCAGUCUGCAGGGAAGGAGAUUUGAUAAUGGAUCAGCUAGUUGAACUAUCAAGUAAAGGCUGCGGUUGCCUGCUUGUUAUUGAUGAAGAGUAUCACCUGAUUGGAACAUUUACGGAUGGUGAUCUUAGGCGCACUCUCAAAGCUAGUGGGAAAGGCAUCUUUAAACUAACAGUGGGGGAGAUGUGCAACAGGAACCCAAGAACAAUUGGUCAAGAUGCAAUGGCUGUGGAAGCCAUGAAGAAGAUGGAAUCACCACCAUCUCCUGUACAAUUUUUGCCUGUGAUCAAUCAUCAAAAUAUGGUGAUUGGCAUUGUUACACUGCAUGGACUAGUUUCGGCUGGUCUUUGAUCUGCAAUUUAUUUUCUCUUUCCAUUUUCUCUAGUUUUAUAUUUUUUUUUCUCAGGUUAAUUCUUUCUGGCUAUAUUACAACUUGAUUUUACCCCUAUGGGGGUAUCUCUUGUAAUUCUAUUGCACAAUUAUUGUCAAAUGCAUGUGUUUAAUCUUCGUUAAGUAAAGCGGAUGAGUUGUUCAUACUUUUAUUCA